AUGCUAGGAAACUUUGGUGGUUUUGUGGUGGGAGCCAUUAGCCUACUGGCCUUGCGCUCCACCGCCGCCCCGUCGGGAGUGAUGUCUUACACUAGGCGAGCACCACUUUUCAACUAUGAUGGUGAGAAUGUGCGCGGUGUGAACCUGGGUGGUUGGUUUGUACUCGAGCCUUGGAUAACGCCUAGCAUGUUUGAGGGCAAUGGCGCAGUCGAUGAAUACACCUUAACCCAAGAGCUGGGUAAGGAUGCUGCCCACAGCAAGCUGUCACAGCACUGGAACUCCUGGAUUACCCAGGACGACUUCAAUCAGAUCGCUGGUGCGGGCCUCAACCACGUGCGCAUUCCGAUUGGGUAUUGGAGCAUCAUUCCAAUUGAUGGUGAACCGUACGUUCAAGGCGCGUAUGACAUGCUUGGUAAGGCGUUGGACUGGGCGGAGGGUGCGGGGCUGAAAGUCAUGAUUGAUCUGCACGGUGCCCCUGGAUCUCAGAACGGUUUUGACAAUUCUGGUCGAUAUGGCUCCAUUCAAUGGACACAAGGCGACAGCGUUCAGCAUACCCUCAAUGUCCUGAACAAGAUCCGUGAUGACCAUGCCUCGCACCCAGCUGUUUCUGCUAUCCAGCUCCUUAACGAGCCCAUGGGCUACUCAUUGAACAUGGACAUCGUUCGCCAGUUUUACAUGGACGGAUGGGGUAACCUGAAAAACUCCAAUGUGGGUAUCGUAUUCCAUGACGCAUUCCAAGGUGUAACAUCAUGGGGUUCUUGGGGAGCGGGCAUGUGGAACCUCAUACUGGAUACCCAUCAUUACGAGAUCUUUGACACGGGGGCCGUAGCGAUGAGUCCCAACGACCACAUCAAGACGGCCUGCAGCUUUGGUAACGACAUGGCCAGUACCGGCAAAUGGACAAUAGCUGGAGAGUGGACUGGUGGUAUUACUGACUGCGCGAAGUGGUUGAAUGGAAAGAACAAGGGGGCCCGCUAUGAUGGGACGUUCGAAGGAUCCAGCAAGGUCGGCGACUGCACUGGCAAGUCGACUGGCACUGCCGCAGCGUUGUCAGGCGAUGACAAGUAUAAUAUUGGUCGCUUUAUUGAGGCACAGCUCGACGCUUUCGAGAAGGCGACGGGAUGGAUCUUCUGGACGUGGAAGACUGAGGGUGCGCCAGAGUGGGAUAUGCAGGACCUUCUCGCCAAUGGACUGUUCCCACAACCAUUGACAUCGAGAAAAUACUCUGGGCAGUGCGGUUGAGCGACACGCUUGGCGACUGUUGGACGUUAUUUGCAUCAACAUUUCCACCUUAUCGAUCGAUCUCCCAUUCUUUUUUUUCAACACUCGAUUUCGUACUCUCAUCACUCAACGUAGCAACCUUCCUGUUCGGUCAUAGCGACGUUUGACGAAUCUCCUUUGGAUAUCCCAAAGUAUUGCGCUCGCUAGAGUAAGGGCGAAAUCCCCAACAAUCUCCUUCUCAUAACGACUUUGAAACAAUUAAGUAGUCAUCAAAAAGUUUACAUGGAUGAAAGUUUGGACGGACCAACUUGGAUAAAUGAAAUGAGCAG